GCUGUGGUGUAUUCAGUAAAACAGAUAUCACUUCAGAUUCAUUUCUAGUGAAGCUGGAGGGGAAGAAGCAAGUGGCCUCCGACAUUUAUUAAAUCUGCUUUGUACGAGGAGCACUAAAAGAAAAUGACCUCUUUGUACAGCAGCCUUGAUGACAGCUAUGUUCCAAACAAAAGGAGGUCGACCAGCUGUGUGACAUUAGCUGUGAUUCUGGGCUGUCUGACCGUCUUGGGGGUCCUGCUGGCCAUCGCUGUGCUGGAAAGACCAAACCCCCCCAAAGACCAUGAGACACUUCCUCAGGGAGCUGGUGGUAGUGUUUUAUCUACAGACCAGUGCAGCAUGGCCCUGGUGGAGAGCAUCCCUCAGCACAUGAAGUACAAAGCCAAUGCUACGCUUGGCAUCCCUCUGGAAAAAGUAUGGAAAGAUCUUAUCUCCAUGGCAACGUCCCAAGUGGACAUAUCCUCUUUCUACUGGACUCUAACUGGGGAAGACAUUAACGUCAACUCUUCCUCUGACACAGCUGGAAGAGACAUCCUGAAAGCACUGGAAGAGUUGCCCUCCAGGAACGUAUCUGUCCGAGUGCUGACCAGUGUUCCCACUGUUAGAACAAACUCCACAGAUUUAGAGAUCUUAAAACAGAGAGGAGUUCGGGUGAGGAGGGUGAACUUUGGGCGCCUCACGGGGGGCGUCCUCCACAGCAAGCUCUGGAUUGUUGACAGAAAACACGUGUUUAUUGGAAGUGCCAACAUGGACUGGAGGGCCCUCACACAGGUGAAGGAACUGGGGGUGGUCGUCUAUAACUGCUCCAGUCUAGCAAACGACCUCCAUAAAAUCUUCAAGUCCUACUGGGAGAUGGGACAGUCCCACAGCUUUGUGCCACAGCCCUGGCCUGCAGAGUAUGACACUGCCUUCAACAAACAGCACCCCCUAGUGGUGAAAUGUGAUAAUAUCUCUAGCAGGCUGUACCUCACGGGCUCUCCACCAUCUUUCUGCCCUCCUUCGAGGACUCAGGACCUGGAGGCAAUUCUCUCCAUCAUCUCCGAGGCCCAACACUAUGUGGACGUAGCCGUCAUGGAGUAUUUCCCCACCACACGAUUUGAAAGGCCUCAGAGAUACUGGCCUAUCAUUGAUGAUGCCAUCAGAACGGCUGCAUUUGAGAGGAGGGUUAAGAUCCGGAUGCUGAUCAGCUGUGGGCGGGACUCUGACCCAGCCAUGAUGCCAUUCCUCCAGUCUCUGGCCUCCAUGGACAGCCCUCACCACAAUAUUAGCCUCCAAUUGAAACUGUACAUUGUGCCUGUGGGAAACCAGUCUGAUAUUCCAUACACCCGAGUCAACCACAAUAAAUACAUGGUGACUGAUAAAGUAGCCUAUAUUGGCACCUCCAAUUGGUCAGGGGACUACUAUAUGACCACAGCUGGAGUGGGUCUGGUGAUUUCCCAGCAUGCUCCUCACCAUUUAUGGAAGACCAAGGCCCUGCAGUUCCAGCUGAAGUCGGUCUUUGAAAGAGACUGGCACUCCGAGUUUGCUGUGCACCUCGCAGACCUGGGCAACCAGUCAGAGUGUGCACUAUCAAGACCAUAAUCCCCUUCAUACAAGUUGUACACAAAUCUUUUUCAUUAAGCGUCUUUGUAAAUAGAUCCCUGACAUCCAUAUGCAAGCUUGUAAGUUACAUAAUGUAAUGCACGUGCACCCUGAUAACAUUUAUAGAGCUAUCAUUUAUAUUUUUUGUUUUAACCUGAUUGUUGAAUGUAUGAUUAAUUAAUAUAUUGUAUAAUGAUUACAUAUAAAUUGUUAACAUACUUUAAAGAUUAAAUAUAUGUGAACAUCAA